UGACUACUAUGGUUGUGGUGGUUGACCUGAGCUUUUCUCCACUUCUUCAAACUUAAAUAACCAUCGGAAUUCAAAUACAUAAAAGCUGUUACUAAAGCUCUCAACAACUUGGGACCUGUCUUUACUUUUUUUCCUUCUUGUUGGUUGAAUUAUGAAAGUAAAUGGCAAUUCCUGAAAUGGGGUUGUUCAAGUUUCUUAAACUGAGUUUCUUUGUUGCAGCAACGGUGGUUGGUGCACUCAACUUUACUGAGUCAGCUGUUUACAUUCAUUUCGAUCAAACUCCCCCACCAUGGUCAAGGUUCUCUACCAGUAUUUUUAGGUACUCAUUUGAAAGGCCUGAUGGUUCCAAGGCUUGCAGGAACAAUAGUUGUUCUAUUUAUUGUGAGUUGGAUGGCCAGAGAUUGAAACCAUGUCAUGUUGGUAACUUAGUACUGAAAAACUUAACUGCAAAUCGUAAGCACAACUUCCUUCUCAACGUCACAACCCAUAAUGGAGACAAAAACUCUUCAGCUUAUUCAUGGUUUAUUGAUACAAUCCCACCAACAGCUAAGAUUUCAAGUGAACAGAAUUACACCAAUGCUGAAAAAAUUACAGUUGACAUCACAUUCAGUGAAGCUUGCACUCGACAUGGUGGCUUCAGUUGUCUGAACUCAUCAAACUGUGAUGUCAUUGUUGAUGGUCCAGCACAUGUCCAGCCAUCAUCACUGAGCACCAUCGAACCUAACAUUAAAUACAGUUUCCUACUGGUUCUGCCCUUCAAAAGUAUGUAUGGGCGUGUUGUGGUUACACUGGCUGAUGAAUUUUGUAAGGAUAGGGCUGGUAACAACUUUACAAGGAGCAAUACUUCCACCAUUAUCAUUCACUUUGAUAGAAGACCUGUGCUGGUUGAUCUAUGGUCAUCUGUUCCAUCAUAUGAGUUAGAAAUCAAUGGGGUUCCUCGAACAGUUUUUGCAACUAACGGAACAGAGGAUUUGGAGGUGUAUGUGGAUUUCAGCAUUCCGGUCAUAAAUUCAACAGAGCAGAUUCUAAAUGCAUUAGAUGUGAACUUUGGUAGUCUAAUACCAGUUAACCAGAGAACUCAUGGAAAUAGCCGAUUUGCUUUUAAACUCAAGAAUAUUGCAUCAAAAACUGAAAUAAUCACAGUCAAACUACAAGCUAGCUUAUUGAUUGGCAGAACAGGCACUCCUGUUUCACCUGUUAACUCGCUUGCAUUCCUCUAUGAUUGCAAGAAGCCUGGGAUUGGGUUAAGUACGAGUUCGGAAAAUGUUACAAAGGACUCCAGUAUCAAUAUAAUAGUUGAGUUCACAAAGCCAGUUUUUGGUUUCGGGGCCUCUGUGGUAGAAGUGAAUGGAGGGAGACUCAUAAGGUUUAAGGAACUUUCAAGAGCUCUUUACUCCUUUACUGUCAUGGCAAUAACUAAUAAUAUGGUGUCAGUUUCUAUUCCUGAAGGGAAAGUCAAUGAUAUUUCAGGAAAUAUGAAUGUGGCUUCUAAUAGACUGGAAAUUGUUCACUAUUCAACACCUGCAAUAUCGACAGCCCUACACUCAUUUGUGACUGCUGGAGUCUUAGCAACAACACUAGCUGCUGCAGCUCUUUCACUUGCCUCCACAAAUCUUGGAGCAAUUGCCAGAAAUAAUUAUGUUGCUUCUGAUCCAUCAAUGAAUCUACAUGGAAUGAUAGGACACCUGCAAGUUUUUGUCCUUUCUGACUGGCUAUUGGCUGACCAGCCCAUUGAAUAUUCUGAGACAACAAAAGGUCUCAGGUGGCUCAUACCUCGACAGAAACUUCCAUGGAAAAAGAAUGGCAGUUCGCUUUGGCCCAACAAUGUUUAUUUAGAUCUAGGGAGGUUCCUAAAGAGGCGAAGGAGAGCUUAUCAUGCAAUUGGCUUAAUUAACUGGUCCUACAUGCCACAAAAGUUACUAUUUCCAACUGAAAUUGAUCCAAAGUUCCAUGGAAGGCACAACAUAAGCAAAGAAAAUACUCCUUUUGGGCUACCUCUAAGUUCAAAUGAAUACUUCACCUUUUUCUUGAGAGGAGAGCCAUUAUCUGCUGGAAAUGUUGUCAAGAAACUGCAGAAUUGUAAAGGGUGGCAGGACAUGGAGAUGAACUUGUUCUGGCUUAGCAUAGGAGUCGGUAGUUUGCUAUUACUUCACUUUGUACUGUUAGUUUUCUUAAAAUGGAGGAUUGGUACAGCAGCUCAAUGGAUGCUUUCGGUUCCGAGAUUCGAGCUCCUCCUUUUAAUUCUCGCACUACCCUGUAUAUCUCAGUCUGCUGCAUUUGUAAUAAGAGGUGGUACCAUUGAAGGGAUCAUCACCGGAGCUUUGUUGCUAGCCAUCCCUGCAGCAUUCAUUUUAUCGGUGUGCCUUUUCCUUACAAUUGCAGUCUUCACAGGCAGCUUUGCUCAGUACAAAGAGAUCAUAUAUGGCAAUGCAGAGGAGCAAUGGCAUAAGAAACUAUGGUUCUUUAUUGUGGGAAGACCGGCUUAUGGAAAGUGGUUUUAUAUGGAUGGACUGCCUUCAUUGUUCCUUUCUUGCUUUGGCAUUCUGUUUGACGAUCACAAGGGCCCUCCAAUGUAUGUUUUUGUUGACCAGAAUGACACAAACACUGUGCCUAGGUGGGUUGGAAGUGGUCAAAAUGGGAUUGGAAGAAUGAGGGCAGUCAGCUCAGAUGACAGCCACGAAGAAAUGAAGAUCCCGUUGCCGAUGAGGUUCUUAGGUUGUGCUAGAUCUUCCUAUAUUGUUCUUGAUCUUUUAAGAAGAGUCUGCUUGGGAGUGAUUGCUGGGUCCUACUCAACACACAGAUCAAGCCAAAGCCUUUGUGCAUUGAUGGUCACACUGGUGCAGUUCAUAUGCUUAUUUACUCUCAAACCUCACAUCAGGAGAGGACUUUACAUUGUGGAAAGCAUUUCACUGUUGAGUGAGGCUAGCAUCUUUGGUCUGUCCCUCAGUAUGAAUAAAUCAAAUUCAAUUAGGGCAAAAACUUUGGGAUUUCUAAUGCUGGCUCUUCUUUUCCUUUCUUUUGUUUCUCAACUUGUAAAUGAAUGGUAUGCGCUGAUAAAUUUCAUUCUAAAUCUGUCCCAGCCACAUAAGAGUUCUUUUAAACUUGGGUUGAAGUUUGCUGCCAAGGGUCUUCUGUUGCCUUUCUUCCCAAGGAAGCAUUGGUCAAGAGUCAUACCUGGUUCUUCACAAGCGAAAUCAGUCUUAGUUCCAGUCCUUCCUCAAUCGAGGGAAACUGAAUUAGCAAGAAGCAAUCAAAGGGAACCCUGUGUCAGCCAAUUAAGUUCCAUGACUGCAACAAUAGUCCCUCUGAUCAGUCCAAGUUCAGGUUCACCAAUUAUUCAAGCUACAGGCACAACCGGAGAGACAACUCUCACCGCGCAAAAGAAAGAUAUGAAGAAACUAAGGCAGUUGGCAAAGGCAAGCUUCUCCGGGCAAUCAAAGGAUGAGGACACUAAAGCCAGCUAUAGAUUUAGGUUAGAAUCUUUCUCUCAUGAAACUGUCUCAAAUGAUCCUCAAACCUCAACUUCUAAUGUUAUGAAGUGAUGUAUAAAUUGUUGCUCAACAUUGUACCAUGGCAAAGAUCUUUUUGUUCUCUAGAACUGCUUUCGGCUACUGAUUUACUUUGAUAUAUAAUCUACUAAUCCUGUAUUUAGUCA